AUGAGUUUCAGAGAGGGUGUGGACCAGGGCCCUAAAUCGGGCCAGUUCUGUGCCUCUCCACCAUCCGCCUUCUUCCGCUCGGCCCAGAGACGGCCCCGAAGUAACCUGCGCCCCGCCAGGGAAGGAGGCAAUCAACUAAUGAAUUGUCAAAACCGUAUUUUGGAGUUUAAGGAAAAUAUGAUACAUUUCAAAAAUAGGAGUGAAAAUAAUCAGCAGAAGCUCCAGAAAGUCUUGAAUGAGAUGCAGCAUGAAAUUAUGCAGAGAGAAAAUCUGUCCAAAAGCUUAGAUGAGAAGAAAGUUGAUACACCGAGUGAGGAUGAAACAGUGUCUAAUAUAUUUGAAGACUUUAAGCUCUUUCUUCCUCAUCUAAAGAAAAUCAAAAGAAUUUAUCCUAAAGUAAUCAUUGGCCAAGGGAAAACAGGCGUUUCUUUUGCACUAGGCAUUCCCACUGUCAGCAGAGGAAAUCACACUUACCUGAAGCAAACGCUGAACUCCAUUGUCACCAGGAUCACACCUCUGGAAGAGAAGGAUUGUGUAGUGAUUGUUUCUGUUUCAGAUAGCAAUGGAGAUUAUGCAAAAUCUGUUGUUGACAUGAUUACGAAAAGGGAAAAUGUAAAGCACAAAGAGAAAAUGUGCAAGCAGUAUAAACCUUCUCUUUUCCAGCACGUGGGUAUACAUUCAUCAUUCACUGAACAAGAACAAUACUUGAAAGUAAGAUUUUUGAAGUGUAACUUUGGUAAUAUGUAAUGUUUUAUGUGCUUGUAAAAUACCAUUUAGAGAAGGUGUGGUAAUGUGAGAAAGAUGAUGAAAAAUGGUGGCUUAAGCACCAUUCUUCUAUGACACAACUGUAUGUUAUGAAGAGUGUUUAUAAACUUAGCAAACAUCUUUAAAGAUCCAGUUAUCUGUUGUGGUAAGAAAAAUUCAGGCUACGUUAACUUCUUGGCCUUACUUUUGUCAUUUGUGCAAUUCAAAUAAUACAACUCAAAAG